AGAGGUGGAGUUUAGGGGCGAAACGUAUAUAAAUACGUGUGCUACCUAAUCAGCCUGUGAGUUAGAACUUUAGCUAUUUUUUAUUAUAAUAAUUUUAUAUUUAACCUUUCGUCCCAACGAAGAUGACGACGGCUGUGGUGUCACCAUACUUCGACUUCGGCGACGUUAUUAACAAGAAUAACAAAAUGCUCAACUACAACAACAACAUUCUUGGCACCCCCAACUCCAUGUCCCUCCCAUGCACUGGUGCCAGUCCUUCCAUCUCUCACCCCACUGGGACCCUGCUGGACAGGAAAGCAGUGGGCACCCCAUCAGUAGGAGGGAUGUACCAGCGCAGGCACUCUGUCACAAUACCUAGCUCCAAGUUCAACCAGAACCAGUUCCUCAAGAUGGACCAGCCGCUCCCCACCAGCAGCAACAAGGAGAACCGCUUCCGGGAUCGCUCCUUCUCAGAAACGGGGGAACGCCUCCUGCAGAAGUGCACCGGCAACCCCGGCGGAAGCAGCGGCCCCCAAGUCAACUCCAGCCGCUACAAGACGGAGCUGUGCCGACCCUUCGAGGAGAACGGCACCUGCAAGUACGGCGACAAGUGCCAGUUCGCCCACGGCAUCCACGAGCUGCGCAACCUCAGCCGCCACCCCAAAUACAAAACGGAGCUGUGCCGCACCUUCCACACCAUCGGCUUCUGCCCUUACGGCCCCCGCUGCCACUUCAUCCACAACGCUGACGAGCGCCGGGGGCCUCCUCCCCUCUCGGCCUCCAAUAAGCUGGAGCGUCCACGCCUGCAGCACAGCUACAGCUUCGCGGGCUUCUCCAGUGCCGGCGGCUCGCAGGACAGCCCCACCUCCGUCACCCCGCCUCCCAUCUUCUCCAGCGAAGACCUCGACUGGCCCAGCAACCCUUUCACAUAUUCUAGCCAGGAGUUGGUCAACCUGUUUGGUCCCAGCCUGGGUGCCCCUGCUAGUGCUGAGCCUCCUACUCCAGGUCCCCCUUCACCAUCCACGCCUUACUACUUCAGGCCGUUGUCAGAUUCGCCGCCAUUAUUUGAACCUCCCCCCAGUCCUCCCGAUUCCCUCUCUGACCAGGAAGGUUACCAGAGCAGCUCGGGGAGCCUGAGUGGAUCAGAGUCCCCCAUCUUGGACACCACCCGUCGCCUUCCCAUUUUCAGUAGACUUUCUAUCUCUGAUGACUAAAUCACAUGCACAUGUUUUGAGAUGGAAAGGAAGUAGAUUUUGGCACUCCCCUCUACCUCUAGUCCUUGUUUCUACCUUCCCAGAAUCUUAAACCCUUCCUCCCCACCCCUUUUUUUUUUCUCCUCCCAGCCCUAGAUAUAUAUAUAUAUAUAUACAGAGGAGCAAGGCAGAUUUUGUAUAGUGUUUUAUUGUAUACCUGCAAUAAGAUGAAUGGUCUACGCCAAGUAUUUCUUGUUUUUGAGUCUAUAGUUGAUAACCAGAGAAGGAAUGCUUGCACAUGUACAUACACACCCCCCCCCCACAAAUUUCUAAAGGACAGUCACUAAAUUAAGGGAAGCUUAAUCAUUUAACAAAAGCAAUAAACAUGGAUCUUUUAACCCUUUCUGCCACCAACUAUGUAUCCCUGAUGCCAACUGUUUGUCUUAGUGCCAAACAAAGAAAUGCAUGGAAAGAGAAUGUGAAUGGUGUUAAUAAGGUAUUGGACUGUGACUCUGGCCAGACCCUGACUGCCUCCCUUUCUUCUGACUUGUAGCAGUGCAGCAGGUGUCUUGGCCUGUGGGAAGCUUCUAAUGGCAUCUCCCCCCCCCGGGGGCUGCUGCUUCACGUCCCCUUUCCUGAGGUAGCCAACAUGUAUUAAGGCUGUAGUUCUAACUUCCGAUUUAGUCACUCUUUGCCACAGGAAUGGACAUUUUCAAAGUGCUGGGGCUACCUACAAAGGUUUUGUUGGACUACUGCGUUCUGUAUUUUUGCAUAGCAUUUUAGCCCCCAUACGUGCUUUGCCUUGUAGUGAAUUAGUGGAUGAGGAAAGCCUGCAGGAAGGACUUCGCAGACCAAGACCAGGUCCCAGAAUCAGCCAGGAAAAGACUCCUAUUUUUGGUGCUACGAGCUCAAUUCCCCUCGUCCACAACACAAACAACCUAAAACACACGAUGCCUUUAAAAAAAAUGUUCUGCACUCUCUCAACCUGCCCUUUUUCCCUCCUGUUGCUGGUCACUGGUUGUGUGUAGAAGGAAAACUCGAGGUGUAAUCUGGUAAUGGAGCGCUAACCUAAACUGCAGGUAUGGCCUGCUUCCCCUGUGGAGUCCAUCCCCCUGCAUUCUGAAAUAAGUUCCCAGAGCUGUCCUCUUGUAGAAUCUGCUCCAUGGAGCACUUUGUACCUUUGCCAUUCAGCUUUUUUUCUUGGUUUUGUUUAGCUUUUUUAUUAUUUUAAUAUUGUUACUGUUAUGGUUGUUUUGGAAAACUUUCAGUGGAAGGUUUUGCUUGUCACUGCUUAUUUAACUUAUCAAAAACAUAUUUAUUGCCGAUCAUAUGCAUUUUUUUUGUUAAUUUUGUAUUUAUCUGGAUAAUGAAACGAUAGAAUAUAUUUUCUUUUAUGUUAAAUUAUGAUCUUUCACAUUAAUCUAAAGAUUGUGAAGACGUCAUUUUUUUCCUUUUCACAGUUUAAUAUAUUAUACUGCGACUUGUUUGCAACUACUCUGUUAAAAUGAAACUUAAUUUAAAGCAAAAAAAAAGCAUUUUAUUUAUUGUAGGUUUUUUCCCCCUUCUCUUCCCCUUCCCCUUUCUCCUGAUGUUGGACUGCAAAAUUGGAGGAAAAUUACUGCCACGGUUAUUAUUAUUAUUAUUAUUAUUCCCGGAUUGACCUGACAGGUCUUAGGACUGACUUUCCUUAGACCAGUACAUACGUUUCCUGGAAUUAUUUUUUUUUAAUCUAAAUGGUAUACUCCCUCAGGUUCACCCUGUCAUAACCAGUUGGUAACUAAUAACGUACCAGGGCUAGUCUCCCCAUAUGUUCAAAGUAUGCAAGCUUCUAGUAACUUCUGUUUUAAUGAAGCUGGGAAGUAGCUUGAUGCAGUUCUUUGUACACUUACUUGUAGCAGAAUUCCUUUCAGUAGAAUUGGAGAAGUGGGUAGGUUGAAGGGUUAUACAUGUAUAUGGCCGCUCUUUUGUAAGUAAAGUCUAAAGAUGGUAAUAUAAUGACCAGUUUCUCUAUUGAGGAACCUAUAAGCUUACAAUUAUAAAUUACAAAUGAACUUGAUUCUCCAUUUACUGGUUUGCGUACCUUCGAGGUAUGAUGCAGGCUACAGUGAUUGUAUUCAGAAACGAUGCACACAUGCCAUUUGGUAGGGUUAUGCAAUUCAGAAUGUUCUGUCGGGCCAAGGGGGAAGGGAGAUUAUGCCAUUAAGUGCAUUUCUAAAGCUAGAUGUAUACUAAGUGGAAAGAUGAUUGCCAGUAGGUUAAUUGUCAGAGGCUUUAGCUGUGACAUUAAGGCUUUUUUUUGCCAAGGCAAUAAUCAGUAAGUGUCAAUCCCUUUGGUCGUAGGCCGUAGCUGUGACCAAACCUGUACAUAUCAUGUUAGUUAUAAAUACUACUUUUAGAGUGGGCUUACCCUCACCCCGAAGUUAAGUGCCUCAUACGAAUACAUUCCAGGUAACCAACACAUUUUGCCUUUUCCCAUAGAGAUGUGAGGGAGACAUUAAUUCCGUGUUCUGUUUUUCCUUGUAGCUGAGGAUGGAGAGGUUAACAGGACUGACACAAAGAAAGUGAACUGUUGAAUGUAUUUCUGUUUUACAGCUGUUGCUGUUCACUACAGUAAUUUCUAUGUGUGAGUUUAUACAAGUUUUUUGUAUUGACUGAUUGCAGUUAACCAAUAAACCCCAUAUUUUUGAGAA